UGCACAGCAGCUGUCGUAAGUUUCUACUCGUCCACUGGCAAUCAUGGCUGAAAAUGUCUAUUUUUACGUCCCAAAUAUUAUUGGUUAUGGGAGGCUUCUUCUUGUGUUGCUGUCAUGGUUCUACUGGAGAAAUCCUCCUUGGCUUAUUGGUUUCUACAUGACUUCACUCUUUCUUGAUGCUAUUAAUGGUACAGUGGCAAGGAAACUGCAUCAGACAUCAGCAUUUGGAGUUUGGCUUGAUCUGGUAGUUGAUAAUGUUGGCCGGGGAAUGCUUUGGAGCCAAAUAUACAAGUGGGGUUGUUUUGUUUCUGCGUUGGAAUGGUGCGUUCUGGUUUGUACACACACAGCGGGGGCACAAUGGAAAUCCAACUACGGCCAAGCACCAUGGUUGGUCAAAAACGUUAUGUCAAAUGAUUGUAAAACCCCUGUUGGACUGUACACAGCGUGGAGCCUUCAUCUGUUACCAUUGUGGUUAUAUGCAUAUCGGUCUGGCUUCCUGACUGCACACAUUCCUGUAGGUGUGGUGUUCUUUGUAAUAAGUGUCCUCAGCGUUGGUAGAGCUAUGUGUGCUGCAGUAGAGUUGUAUUGUAUCUGGGCUCACAUCCAGCAGAUGAUCAGCAGCGACAUCAGCCAGAAAAGUCUCUUGAGAGAAGAAAAAGACCAGAAGCCAGAUUUGGUUUGAUACAACACAAUAAACCAUGUAUGCGGGUUAGAUUUGAAUACUGUCUGGUACAAUGACUUGCUUAGUCACAAUGUAGCUCAGUCAAAAUU